GACGCGCAUCAAUGGGUGACUCGUUAUAUGCUGUCGUAUGGAGAUGGAACCAAGUUUGUAGCCUAUAGGGAAAGGAAUAAAGUCAGGAUGUUCCGUGGAAACUCAGACAGAAAUUCAGUUGUAUCCUACACAUUACUCAGACCAUUCAAAGCGCAGUAUGUCCGUUUUCAUCCCAAAUCCUGGAGAAGUCACAUAUCAAUGAGAGCUGAAGUCUACGGAUGUCUUAAAGAAUUAACAAGAUUCUGCAGCUUCCCACUCGGUGUACAAAGCGGCCGCAUCAAGAAUAGUCAGAUGACUUCAUCGUCUAUAUGGAACCGUUACCACGCACCAUUCCUUGGAAGACUCAAACGCGUGCGUACUGGUCGUUACAUGGGAGGAUGGGCAGCUAGACACAAUAACCAUAACCAAUGGAUACAGGUUGAUCUCGGCCGUGUCUUCAAGGUUACAAUGAUAUCGACACAAGGAAGGAAAAUUGUGAAGCAGUGGGUGACGCGAUAUACAGUCUCGUACAGUUUGGAUGCCGUUCACUAUGUAUCUUACAAACAGCGAGAUCGACUGAAGUACUUUGUAGGAAACUACGAUGGAGAAUCGAUUGUUACACGCACACUGACUCCACCAAUAGUAGCACGUUAUGUCCGUGUUCACCCUCGUGGUUGGUACAGGCAUAUCUCCAUGAGACUUGAGCUGCAUGGUUGUACUCCAGAGCGUUGUGAUAUUCCACUGGGCUCAGAAGACGGUCGCCUGCCUGAUGUGUCUUUCACUGCAUCCUCUAUCUACAAUGCUCAUUAUGCCGCCUACCAAGGCCGACUGAAUGCCAUGCGCAGCGGCUCAAGAUACGGCUCAUGGAUAGCACGUUACAACAACAGGCGUCAGUGGUUCCAAGUCGACCUUGGAAACCGAGCGAUUAUCAUUAAGAUAGGAAUCCAAGGAAGAUAUGACGCCAAUCAGUGGGUGAAGAGCUUUACAGUUUCCUAUGGAAUGAAUGGAUUUCACUUCAGGUUCUACAAGGAAGGAGGGCGAACAAGGGUCUUCCAAGGAAACUCCGAGAGGCAAAUUGUCGUUAUAAACCGUUUCCGGUCACCGAUCCGUGCUCGUUUUAUAAGAAUGUAUCCACAGACUUGGCAUGGCCAUAUUUCAAUGAGGCUUGAGCUUUACGGCUGCAGUAGAGGUCACAUGUGCAAUCGACCGCUUGGGAUGAUGACGGGGGCAAUUAAAAAUUCGGCCAUCACAGCAUCAUCCAUGUGGGAUAAACAUCAUGCACCAUUUUUGGCCAGGCUUAAUGCACGACGCAUGGGCAGAUAUCAGAGUGCCUGGUCAGCCAGGCAUAACAAUCGUCACCAGUUUCUACAGAUAGACCUGGGAAAAAUAUCAAAGAUAAUACGUGUGGGUACGCAAGGACGAGCUGCAGUGAAUCAAUGGGUAACAGUUUACUAUCUGUCGUCCGGUGUAGACGGCGUACACUUUGCUAGAUACAGAAAGAACUCCGUGGAUAAGUAUUUCCGUGGCAACCGUGACAGAAAUACAAUAGUUUAUAACUCAAUUAUUCCGUCUAUCCGAGCUCGCUUCCUUCGAAUCCAUCCCUGGUCGUGGCAUGGCCAUAUCUCCAUGCGGGUCGAGCUGUUUGGCUGUGCUUUAGGUGCAUGUGGUGCUCCACUCGGUUUUGAGGAUGGCCGCAUUCCAAAGUAUGCCAUGACAGCCUCGUCAAUGUGGGAUUGGCGGCAUGGUCCUUAUAGAGCUCGUUUGAAUCUUCUGAACCGCGGAGGCACCGGAGCCUGGUCGACGCGUUAUAACAAUGUAUUCCAGUGGAUACAGAUUGACCUAGGUGAGGUGUCAAAGGUUGUUGCUGUGGCAACGCAAGGCCGAUACGAUGCCAAUCAAUGGGUGAAGAAAUACGAGAUAAGCUACGGCUUGUAUGGCAACAAGUUUAAGUUCUACACAAUCAACAGAAAAGUCGUGAUGUUCGCCGGUAACAGUGACAGGAACACAGUAGUCUUUAACAGGCUCUACCCCAGUUUCCGUGCUCGGUAUGUCCGAUUCUAUCCCAAACAGUGGCACAGUCAUAUCUCCAUGAGAGCAGAGCUUUAUGGUUGCAAUAGAGCCAUGUUGCGCAUGUGCUUCCAGCCACUUGGAAUGCAGAAUGGUAAGAUACCAAACAGCGCCAUCAGAGCCUCGUCUCAAUGGGACAAGAACCACAAUCCUGCUCGGGCGCGACUCAAUAUAAAGAAAGUGGGACGUCUGGUGGGUGCAUGGUGUACAAGACAUAACAAUCAUCGGCAGUUUUUACAAAUCAAUCUUGGAGGACCAACCAGGAUAACUAAGGUCGCCACACAGGGUCGGUAUGAUGCGAACCAGUUUGUCAGGAGCUACUAUGUGUACUACAGUCAAAACGGAAGGACGUUCCUGCCCAUUAAAGAUGGAGCAAAGAUUAAGCUAUUCCGAGGCAACUUUGACCGGUUCUCCAUAGUGGAGCAACCCAUUAACCCACCAAAGAACGGAAGAUAUGUGCGGUUUAACCCCAGAUCAUGGCACGGUCAUAUAUCUAUGAGGGUUGAAGUGUAUGGCUGUCGCGCAGAUUAUCCGGAGAUUUCCCAUCCAGUCGUCCGUGCUGUCACCAAACAUGGCCGCGGCUGUGCAAAGAUUGCACUUCGCUGCUACUUCAACACCAGGGGACGAAGAAACAGUCGAAUAAUAGCCCGUGUACACUGGAUUGUGAACAAGAAAGUUACCAAGGCAGAAACUGUUCGAGGAAACUAUGCUGAACUCUUAGAAAACACAUAUGGAUUUAAAGCUGGAACAACGGUUGCUUGUAAGGUAAAGGCGCGGUAUUCCAGUGGAAAGGACUGGACAAUGGCUCAAUUAAGUAAAGCUUUUUUCACAGGCAUUAAGGUUAAUCCUAAAGCGCUCACAAUGACGGACAGCUCAGGCUGGAAAUUAAUCAGACUUCGUAGCUUGGUACCAAUCAGAUGUCGUGGUCGUCGAAGUUGUUCUGUGAUCAUCAAAUUUCAGUCUCAUACAAGAUUUGUGACGGACAGAUGUAAAAUGACUCUGACAGAAAGAAACAGGAAAAAUUAUGGGUUUUAUCUUAAACCUGUGAGAGAUUUCAGAAAACUGAAGAGAAGUAACGUCCGUGCUUACUUCAGUCCCAUUAGGUCCACUCCUGGACUCUGUGGAUUCUGGAAAGGUUACACUCUUCCACCGAUCAAGGUCAUAACAUCCAACAGAGGUGUCAAGAAAUGUCACGGAACUGGAGAUCCUCAUUAUCGAACAUUUGACAACAAGUAUUACGACAUACUGAGGAACGCUGGCACUUACGUUAUGGUGAAGAGUUUGAGAAGAAAUUUCGAGGUGCAUGCUCGUCUAUGGCCUUGCUGGAGAGUGGUAUGUAACUGUGGUGUAGCCAUCCGUGAGAAUAAUGAUGUGGUGAAUAUUGACAUGUGUCACGGACCUUGGAAAAGAACCAGCCCACGUGUCAUCCAGAAAUCACGCGCGCCUCUUGGCAACCGAAUGAGAAUCCGACGAUAUGGAUCUGGUCAGAGCACGCGCUUUAAGGUGAUGAUGAAGUCAGGUGCAAUAGUCGAGGCUAACUGUGCUAACUGGGGUAUGAGUUUGUACGUCACAGUCCCUGGUGUAGACUCUGGAUCCACUGUGGGACUCUGUGGAAACAACAAUGGUAACCCGCACGAUGACUUGGAGAGAAAGGGUAUCUAUACAUUCGCAAAUAAAUACAGACUGCGUCCAGGUACCAGUCUCUUUGAGCGACUGCCUCCUCGCAUCUCAUCUCUAAGUCGACGCGUCAAGCCAUCUUGCGCAUGCGUUAAGAAAGGCAACCGCCGCUUCAACACAUGUGACGUGAAGCCACUACCAGACACGGACAAGGGCGGGAAAUCUGUGAAACCUAUCAAAGUUCGGCCUCAUCCGAAGAAACCCGGACGAACCGAUAAUAGAGAUUACGACCCGAACUCUAUCAACUAUGUCUUUAAACCUCCCAAAGUGAAGUAUCGUGUUCCUACCUGGCCAACGAAGUCGGGAAUCACUCGGAAGAAGGCGAUAAGGCAUUGUAAGAGAGAAAUCUCGCGUAUAGUGCGCGUAUGCAAGAAGGUUGUGAGUGCCAAGAAGUUGAAAGUCAUGACAGAGUGCGUGACCGAUAUCAAGAUAUCAGGUAAACUCUCCAUGGCCAAGUCAGCAUUAUCCAGUCUGCAAGACGCUUGCAAAACUGCAGCUCUGGUGAAUCCCAAAAACUACAAGAAGAAAAAGAAUGGCAAAGUUGUCCCUAACAUAAAUAUCCUCGGCAAGCUUUGCCCUGACAACUGCAACAAGAGAGGUAGAUGUGUGAACGGAAAAUGCCGCUGUUAUCGUGGUUAUGCUUCAAGUGAUUGUUCAGUCGACAAGAGAAAGCCGCCUAAGAUUGAUGGACUUCAGUCAAAGGGCAUGUGUGACUUGAGGAAACGGGCGUGUCGUUUUGCAAGCGUAUAUGGGCUUGGCUUCUGGGAAGGUCACUUAAACUGUCACGUGCAAAAGGCUAGGCUGAUACGUCGCAGAUGGCAUGGAAUUGGAGCACAGAAGAAGAACCGUGGUCACUUGCAGAGUUUCAGGGAAGCAAGAUGUAAACUUCCCUUCAGCUUUCCUAAAGCAAGAAAACUCCGUGGCUUACCUCUGAGAAUACUGAUCUCAAUUUCAAACAAUGGCGUCUUGACCAGCAACCGGUUGAAAUUGGUUAUUUUCGACUCAGCUUGUCACAGAUGUUUACCAAAUGGACUCUGCUGGCGAAAGAGUGUCACAACAGUACAAACCCCUAGGAAUGAAAAAUGGUCGUAUUCCAUCCAGUGCCAUCAGCGCAUCCUCCAAAUGGGAUCGUUACCAUGGACCCAACCGUGGCAGGCUUCAAAUCACUCGUCGUGGUCGCUAUAUUGGAGCGUGGUCAGCAAAACAUAACAAUCCUUACCAAUGGAUUCGGGUGGACUUCAGGAAACCUGUUAAGAUAUUGGCUGUCGCUACUCAGGGUCGGCAAGAUCUCAGCCAAUGGGUGACGCGAUACUACCUGACCUACAGUUUUGAUGGAAUUAACUUUGUACCUUACUUGUGUCGGAAGAUAUUCCGUGCAAAUAGAGAUAGAAACACGAUUGUAAGACGGCGACUCUCUCCCGCAAUCCGUGCGCGUUUUAUCCGAAUUCAUCCAGUCAGUUGGAGAGGACACAUUUCUCUAAGGGCCGAAUUCUAUGGACACAGAACCUCUGCAUCAAGACUUCCUCUCGGUGUGGCUGACAAGAGAAUACGCGACAGUGCCAUGAGCGCCUCAAGUUUCUGGGACCGUUAUCACGCCGCUCUGCGUGGAAGACUUCAUAUAUGCAGAGAGGGACACUUCCGUGGAGCUUGGUCAGCAAAGAAAAACAUCAGAGGACAGUGGCUACAGGUUGACCUUGGUAAACGAGCAAUGGUUGUGGCCAUUGCGGUCCAGGGUCGCCAAGAUUACGACCAGUGGGUAACAAGUUAUUCAGUGAAAUAUGGCAACGAUGGAGUAAGAUUUACCAACUAUGGCUCUGGACGAAGAGGGAUCUUCCGCGGUAACAGAGACAGAAACACCGUGGUGAGAAAUGCUCUUGUCCCUGCAAUCAGAGCUCGGUAUGUCCGUAUUUAUCCACUGUCCUGGCACGGACACAUAUCAAUGAGGAUAGAGUUGUACGGAAAAUAUCUGAGACCACUUCCAGUCGCUAAACCUCUUGGAAUCUCCAACAACCGCCUCAACAACCGUUACAUAACAGCAUCUAGCAUCUGGGACAAGUACCACGCCGCCUGGCUGGCACGGCUCUACAACAAGAAGCGUGGUCGCUACAUUGGUGGAUGGUCUUCUAAGGUCAACAGAAGAGGACAGUGGAUACAGUAUGACUUGAGGCGGCCGAAGAAGAUUGUGAAGGUCGCCACACAGGGAAGACAAGAUCUCAAUCAGUAUGUGACACGUUAUAUUAUCAAAUACAGCGCGGAUGCCUUCCAUUGGACGCCUUACAGGAAGUACAGUCGAGUGCAGGUGUUUAUUGGAAACAAGGACCGCAAUUCGGUCAAAUCGAACGUUUUUGAUCCGCCAAUAAGAGCGAGAUAUGUUCGUAUUUAUCCACUUGCUUGGGUAGGACAUAUGUCUUUGAGAGCGGAGUUCUACGGACUCUCUCUGCCUCGUACCGGUCUGGAGAUAGGCUCAGAAGAUGGCAAGAUACCAAACAGAGCAUUCACGGCCUCCAGUCAGUGGGACACUUACCACCGAGCCAAUCGGGCCAGACUCAACUCUGUGGCUACCAAACGCUACCGAGGGGCGUGGUCUGCAAAGAAGAAUAACAGACGUCAGUGGUUACAGAUAAAACUGGGCCGAAAAACUAAAAUAACUGGUGUGGUUACUCAAGGUAGACAGGAUGCCAAUCAGUGGGUGAUUACUUACAGCCUCUCGAGCAGCUUGGAUGGGCGCCGUUUCCGUCCAUACCGAGAAAAUGGCCGAGUUAAGAUUUUCCCAGGAAACGGAGAUCGUAACAGUCAGGUGUCUCAUAGGCUCCGCAGCCCUCUAUACACAAAAUUCAUCCGAUUUCAUCCUAUUACCUGGUAUGGCCAUAUUUCCAUGAGGAUUGGGCUCUACGGACAGAGGAGUGGUGUCAGAAGACCAGCUCCUAAGCCUCUAGGACUUCAAAACGGUCGAAUCCGCAAUAGUGCAAUCUCAGCUUCGUCUCGGUGGAAUAGGUACCAUGCUGCCUGGUUAGCCAGGCUUAAACGGCCGAGGCGAGGGCGAUAUGCAGGGGCCUGGUGCGCUAAGGUAAACAACCAUCAGCAGUGGUUGCAGGUGGACUUCAGAGUCCCAAAGAAGGUCGUUGCCGUGGCAACCCAAGGCAGACAUGACUACAACCAAUGGGUGACGCUGUACUAUUUGCGGUUCAGUGUAGACGGUACUUAUUUUGCUACAUACCGCAAGAAUGGAAAGAAAAAGUAUUUCAGAGGAAACCGAGACAGAAACACGAUAGUAAUGCACUCAUUGAGGCCAGCGGUAGUGGCGCGUAAAGUUCGCAUUCAUCCAGUUAGAUGGGUUAAUCACAUCUCAAUGAGGGUUGAAUUUUAUGGACGAACUGCAGUGCCUACUCGGUUGGCUCUUGGAGUCGAGGACCGUCGAAUCCCGGAUGGAAGUCUCAGUGCUUCAUCGAGCUGGGAUAGGAACCAUGGCCCUAAACGGGCACGCCUUAACAUACCUCGACAGGGACGAUUGAGAGGGGCGUGGUCUUCGCGUGCUAAUAAUCCCGCUCAGUGGCUAUGUGUUGACAUAACAAAACUAGCACGAGUGGCUGGGUUUGCUGUGCAAGGUCGACAGGAUUACAGCCAAUGGGUGACGAGUCUAAGGAUAUCAUACAGCAGGAAUGGAAUUAAUUUCCGAUUUUACACAGAAAGAAGGACUCCAAAGAUUUUCCCUGGUGCCAAGGACAGAAACACCAUUGUGAAGAACUUUUUCAGGCGUUCAAUCGUUGCACGUUUUGUUAGAUUCCACCCAGUACGUUGGCAUGGUCACAUCUCUAUGAGGGUCGAACUCUACGGAUAUCUCCUUGCUCGCGUAGCUCCCGUCAUACCCAGCGGUAUUCCAAGUGGAAAGCGCGGAGCGCGCUACAUCACCGCUUCUAGUUCUUGGGACAAAUACCACGGGCCAUGGAGGGCCAGGUUACAUCAGCGUGUCACAGGACGAUACAGAGGAGGUUGGUCGGCCAGAAAGAACAACCGCCGUCAGUUCAUCCAGUAUGAUUUGAGGAGACCGAGUGAGGUCAUCAAAGUGUUGACACAAGGAAGAUAUGAUUACAAACAGUGGGUGACAAGCUUCUUUAUUUCAUACAGUCAAGAUAAAUAUCGGUGGAUACGGUACAAGAAAUAUGGAAGGGUUAAGAUUUUCCCAGGAAACAAAGACCAAAAUACGAUCAAGGAGAACGUGUUUGUUCCGUCGUUUAGGGCGCGAUACGUGCGUAUCCACCCUUGGACAUGGGUAGGACAUGUCUCUAUGAGAGCUGAGUUCUAUGUCAGGAAAAUCUCUCGUAACUCGGUGCCAGUUGGUGUCGAAGAUGGUAAGAUUCCCAAUGGGUACAUCACCUCUUCCUCUACAUUCAACCGUUACCACGCCCCAUGGUUGGGUCGACUUAAUAACAAAGCGCGAGGGCGAAACAAGGGAGCGUGGUCAGCAAAGAAGAAUGACAAACGACAAUGGCUACAGUUUAAUCUGGGUAAACCAACUUUGAUUACGGCGAUCAGGACACAGGGACGUCAGGAUUAUAACCAAUGGGUCACAAGUUAUAAGGUUUACUUUGGAAACGACGGAGUUCGGUUUAUACCCUAUAAGAAAGGAGGGCGCGUCAAGAUAUUCCGUGGCAACAGCGAUAGAAACAGUAUUGUAACACAUCCGUUGCGUCCACCAAUCCGCGCACGUUACAUUAGAAUUAUUGUAGUCUCGUGGUACGGGCAUAUCUCAAUGAGAGUUGGCUUCUAUGGUCGCCGACCUGGAAUCAUAAGGCCUCGUCUGCAAGCUCUUGGAAUGCAAAGCGGUCGUAUCAGAAAUAACGCUGUGAGUGCCUCGUCAAUAUGGGACAGGUAUCAUGCUGCCUGGAGAGCAAGGCUUUAUAUCAAGAGACAAGGAUCUCCAUGAGAAUAGAGUUGUAUGGUCGCAAUGCUGUCAAAAAUAGGCUUCCCCUUGGAGUUGAAGACCGCCGUAUCCCAGAUAGCGCCCUGAGUUCAUCUUCACGAUGGGAUGGGUACCACGGGCCGCACCAGUGCCGCCUGAAUACUCAGAGGAGGGGCAGAUACAGAGGUGCCUGGUCAGCGCGUGCUAACAACCGUCAUCAGUGGCUGCAGAUCGAUGUUGGCUGCCAAGCGGUGGUGUACGGAAUAGCGACCCAGGGAAGGCAAGAUCUGGGACAGUGGGUGAAGACCUACAGAGUCAUGUCUAGUCGGGAUGGCGUUCGCUGGCGAUGGUACCGAGUGCGGAGAAGAGCUGUGUUAUUGACUGGUAACCGCGAUAGGAAUACUAUUGUAAGGCACAGAUUUGCGCGGCCUCGUAGAGCGCGCUACGUCCGUGUGGUACCAUACACGUGGCAUAGGCACAUCUCCAUGAGAGUCGAGCUCUACGGACGUCGCCUUGCUCGUAAACCGGUCGUGAAGGCCUUAGGAGUCUCCAAGGGACGGCUGGGAAAUCAAUACGUUAAGGCGUCGAGUGAGUGGGAUCGUUAUCACGCCGCGUAUCUCGCGCGACUGAACCUGAAACCAAGAGGACGAUUCAAGGGAGGAUGGUCCGCCAAGAAGAAUAACAGGAAACAAUGGAUCCAGUUUGAUUUUAAACGGCCUGUUUUUAUUUCCAAGAUUGCCACGCAAGGCAGAAGUGAUGCAAAUCAGUACGUAACCAGCUUCGCUGUGGCUUACAGCCCUGAUGGAUAUCGAUGGACGCCGUUCAAGGUCAAUGGAAGACUUAAGGUUUUCCGAGGGAACCGCGAUCAUUACUCUAUCAAAGAAAACAGUUUUGACCCGCCCUUCCGAUCCAGGUUCAUCCGUGUGUACGCGCGUACCUGGGUUAACCACAUCUCCAUGAGAAUCGAAUUCUACGGUGGAAAAGCUUCGAGAAGAGAUCUGCCUUUGGGUAUUGAGGACCAUAAGAUCCAAGAUCGUUACAUAACGGCGUCCACCGAGUGGAACAGAUAUCACGGUGCACGCUUUGGACGAUUGAACACUGUGGCACACGGCAAGAACAAGGGGGCGUGGUCUGCAAAGAGGAACAACAGACGCCAGUGGAUAAUGGUGGACCUUAAAAAGCUCACUAUUGUCAAGCGAAUCCUAACACAGGGUCGACAAGAUUUGAACCAAUGGGUGACAAGUUAUAUAGUUACCUACAGCCGAAAUGGAAACACCUUCCGACCUUACACGAGGCGUAGACGAAUAAAGGUCUUCCCGGCCAACAAUGACCGGAACAGCAUAGUGGCGCAUGUUCUAACGCCUCAUAUCUACGCACGAUAUGUGAAAAUCAAACCUCGCACGUGGUUCAGGCAUAUCUCCAUGAGAUUUGAGCUUUACGGAGAGAGAAGAUCUGAGAAAAGACGACCAGUUGUGCAACCCACCAAACGACCCAGACUCCCGCCCAGGCCUCCCAUCAGACCACCCAUCCGUCCGCCAAUCAAACCACUAGCCCCUACCAAGACCUGCCCGGUCACGUUGGAUCUUGCCUUUGUGGUGGAUGCGUCGAAUGAAGUUUCCCGUGCUAACUUCCAGCUGGAGAAGGCGUUUGUCAAGGCUGUGUCCAGCAAAUUCACCAUCACUAAGCACCAGUCUCGCAUCGGUCUCAUCACAUACGCCAACCUGCCUUCACUGAGAAUGAGGUUCAGACAGUUCAACUCCUUAUUUGCCGUCCGACGUGCAGUUGAUCAAGCGCCACACAUUAACCGAGGAGGGAAACGUUUAGAUCUGGCGUUACAAGCCGCGUAUGACACUUUUUAUGCUCACGAACCAACUUACAUCCAGCGUGUUUUGGUUGUAAUCACAGGCGGUCCACCGAGUCGCCGUCAUGCAUACGCAGUCAAGCGCAUGGCCUCGAGGUUCGUACGAAAGGGCGUCCAGGUUUACGCGAUCGGCAUUGGCCGCGCGUACCGAGGCGAACUGAGGAGUAUCGCAUACAAGCGCAAGCGCGUGUACUACAUGAAAACCUUUGGAUCACUUCUGGCCAGGGCCAAUCAGAUUGCGAGUACCAUCUGCAAUGAACAGUCCAAAGAAGUGGACAUCCAUAAACGAGCUGAACUUCUCAAGCCUCUGAUUCAAAAAGAAGAGAAUGAAACCAAGGAGACUCAAUCAUAAUAUUUAAAGUUAAAAAUAACUUAUCGUUUAAUCCUAAAUGAAACAGAUACUCUUAGAUUUUCCUGAGAAAUAUAAAAACUUACAUCACACCAAGACUGAUUAAAAUAUUAAAUCACGUUGUAGUGUUGUUAACUCAAAGCAAAAUAAAGGUUAUUUGACCAAAACAUUUUUGUGGUGUCAGUACAGUUGUAAAUCUUUACUUUGUAAUGACUUCAGUCUUAGUUAUUAACAAAACAACAAGGCUAUCAUUCACUGAAUUACUGGAGACUGGAUUUCUGAUGGUGUUGAAACUUUACUGAGAAUCUUUAACCAGUGAAUCUAUACAAGUUUAAAAUACUUUUCCAACAUGCAGAGUUUACUGCAAUAAAUACAGAAGUCUUGUUUGUAAGAGCUUACAUGUAUCCUGUUUUCUAUAACUUAUUUACAACUAAAGAGUAUACAAAUAACAGUAAAGGAAAUCUUCUUAGAACUUUAAAAUUAAUGUUUAAAUAAUACUAGCUGAGUUAUCGCGUGUAGUUUGUGCUCAGAUAUCCCUUCGCUGAACUUCAAAGGAACUGAUUUAACAUCUAACAGUCUCGACUCAAACUCUCGAAGUUUUCGAGAACGAGUUCUUGGGUUUCGAGUUUCAGUGUUCAACUUUCGUGUUUUCCAAUAAUCAGGAAUCGAGUCUCGAAACGCUCAAGAAGUCUUCCAAAGAAACGGUUUAAAUCUUGAAGCAGAAAGACAGCGCUAAACAAUUGCAAAGCGCUCAACACCGCGUUCUUUGGCGCGCGGCCUUGCGCGCCUCUUUGUUUGUAGUCUAUGA